AUGGCCAUGUACAGCGCUGUCCCGCCUCCUGAGGAGGCCCCUCCUCCCAGCCAGCUUACGGCAAGCAUCAUCUUCCCAGCUGCUCCGCCAUCUGGUGCUCCCAUCGACAUCGAGGCUUGGACCAUCUCGGCGCUUCAAUCGCUCAGCGUUUCGCCCAUUGCCCGCGGCACCGGGAGUCCUCUAUCGAUCCCUCUCGAUGCGCUCCCAACGCCCUCCAAGCGCUCUGCUAGCCGGCAGCAGGUUACCAUCACAACCGCUACCGAGGAAGUUCAGGUUACUGUUGUGGCUCCUCGCAGACCGCCAUCUGCUCGGGACAGUAUGAAGCGCAGAGAGGCCGUCCUGAAGGGCAAGGAAGAUCGUCUCAUGCACGUCCCCAACGUCCAGCCGCCCGAGCCCGUCGACUGGGAAGUCCACCCGACACAUCCCAUCCACCGAGUCCCUUAUCAGCUCGCUCAGUUCUGGGACCAUGGCGUGCGCCAGCGCAUUCAAGACAAGACGGCCAAGCUCCAGGCCGCGCGCAAGAAGCAGCAGCUCAAGACUGGCAGUGCAACAGGCCUCGGUGUAGGUGAGGUGCCGCGCGACCUUCGAGAAGCGACCAAGCGCAGCCCAGUAAUCCGCACCUGGGUCAAGGCCCUUGAGGAGCCUGUGCGACAGUACAUGGUUGAUGAGCGCCGAAGGAAGAAGGCCGAGGAUCAAGCCGACAAUGGCAACGACGAGGACGUGGACAGCGCGGCGGAGGAGAUGGACUCUGAUGAUGAAGAGAUUGUCUUCGUGGGUCGUAACGGCAGAAUGAGAGACUUGCAGGAGAAGAGGGCUGCUGCGGCUGCAGCUGCUGCAAGAUACAGAACUGCCCACCGGCAAGUGUCACAGGAGACGGUUGACUCCGGGCUGGUGUUUGAUUCCUUUGGCGAUGAUGAGAGCGCUGCUUUCAAGCGGUGGCUUACACAUGCCAUCUCGGACUACUAUGGCCUGACAUCAAGGUCAGUCACCUUAGCCAACGCCCAGAGGGUAGUAUACAUCGGCUUGAAGCAAGUUCCGCAGCUGAAGAAAGCUGUUCCUCUCAUUGACCAUCUGCCACGACCUUUGUGGGAGAUCUGCUGA